CCCGCAGGCCGGUGACGUCACGCGUCGGUUCCUGCAGCCUCGGGCCGCAGGAGACGUCAGACUGAGGCCACCGACCGACCGACCGACCGACCAGCGGAUCACCGGCUGCUGGAUCAACCGCCACCGACAUGGGCAACUGUCAACCAACCGUCUGGCCCUAUGAGGACUUUGACGUCCUCGCCGACAUCAAGGCCAUCCGCAAAGCCUGCAAAGGCUUCGGAACCGAUGAGCAGGCCAUUAUUGACAUCCUGGCCAACCGCAGCUCAGCUCAGCGUCAGGAAAUCAAACAGGCCUAUUAUGACAAGUAUGACGAUGAGCUGGUGGACGUGCUGAAGAGCGAGCUGGCGGGAAGCUUCGAGAAGGCCAUCCUCGCCAUGCUGGACCCGCCCGUCAUCUACGCCGUCAAGGAGCUGCGGCGGGCCAUGAAGGGGGCGGGCACCGACGAGGACGUGCUGGUGGAGCUCCUCUGCACCGCCACCAACGCUGACAUCGCCAUGUUCAAGGAAUGCUACUUUCAGGUGCACGAACGAGAUCUGGAGGCAGACAUCGAGGGGGAGACGAGCGGCGACGUGAGAAACCUCCUCACUGCCCUGCUGCAGGGCACCAGAGACGAGAGCUACGACGUGGACGACGAGCUGGCCGAACAAGACGCCACUUGCCUGUUCGAGGCCGGCGAGGGCUGCUUCGGGACGGACGAGUCCACCUUCACCUACGUGCUGGCGUCCAGGAACUACCUGCAGCUCCAGGCCACGUUCAAGAUAUAUGAGCAGCUCUCGGGAACCGAAAUCCUGGAUGCGCUGGAGAACGAGACGUCUGGGACGCUGAAGAAAUGCUACGUUGCUCUCGUGAGAGUGGCUAAGAACCCUCAGCUCUACUUCGCCCGGCGUCUGAACAAGGCGAUGAAAGGGGCGGGCACCGACGAGGCCACGCUCAUACGAAUCAUCGUCUGUCGCUCGGAGUUUGAUCUGGAGACCAUCAAAGAGAUGUACCUGGAGAAGUACGACGUGUCCCUGAAGGACGCCCUGAGGGACGAGUGCAGCGGCGACUUCAAGCGCCUCCUCCUGGCGAUCUGCCACUGAGAGGAGCGGAGGCGAAGGCCGGAGACGGCAGAGGAACCCGGUCUGACAGAUCGGGAGCAGGAGGGUGGAAGUGAUGAGAGAGUCACCGUGGCUCAUGUCUUGUCCAAACUGAGUUACAGUAAACAACAUGGCUGACUAAUUCUUUUUUAAACAUUCUUUUUCUCCCCCCCCACCACAGAUAGUGAACUGGAGUCAUUCAUCCAGAACAGUCUGUCAAUCACUGCCCGUUUCCUAGUCUGUUUGUAGCGCUUUCACUUCUUAACGCCUCUACCAGCAUUGUCAGUCGCCGUCAACGAGGAAACCAAAUUUCAUACAGGUCCAACGGCCACACGAGUCAAACUGUCGUCACACCGAUGCAACUGCGGCGAGCGUGACGCGAUCAGCUGGUUGGAGGCUCGACGGGAUAAUCACACUUUAACAUGUUCGUACACUGGCACGAGAAAAGAAGAAGGAGAAGUCAGCUGAGGCCUUCGUGUGUCCUUCCGCUGCAGCACACACUCACUGCAGAGGAGUCUGAGAGACUUGAGAGGAAGGUUUCAUUUUUUUCGAGAAAAAAAGGCAGAAUUUCGAGAAUAAAGUCAAAAUAAACUGAAGAGAAAUUGGGGUUUUUUUUUAUUUUAAGAACAAAUUGAAAAUAUAAAGGAUGAGGUCAAACUAAACAAAGAAACAUUUAUCAAAAAUUUUGCAUAUCGAGAUUCAAUUUGAAAUGUCGUUGAAAAAAGUAAAACUGAAAAAAAAGAGGAGAAAUUGAUUUUUUUUUUUCAUUUUGAGGUUCACUUCAAAAUGUCGAGAAUAGUUCAAACUAAACAGAGAGGAAAUAGAUUCAUUUCAAUUCAAGAACAAAUUUGAAAUAUUAAGAAAAGGACAAUAUUGUGGAUGAAGUCUAACUAAACAAAGAGGAAAUAUAUAUUUUUGCAUUUUGAAUAAAUUCAAAAUGUUGUUUUUUUUGUAAAUCUUGCAUAUCGAGAUUGAUAUGCAAGAUUGCAUGUCGAGAAUAACUUAAAGUAAACACAAACUGAACUGAAAUAUCUCCUAUUACUGGAUUUGAUGAACCAGAGGAGUUUACUUUAUUCUCGAAAAUCUAAACUUUAUUCUCGGAAUGCAGAAUUAAAAACUAAAUCUUGCUUCUCUCAUUUGUUUCUUCUUAUGCUCUUCCUUAACUAACAGAUGACACAUUAGUAUUUUAUUAUUACCACAGUACAAGUAUUAUGAGUAUUAUACCGUCUUAGAUUAAAUAAUUCUAUCUCUACCUUUUAUGUUUUCUUUUUUUACCCUGGGCCGUUGUCCCGACCUCAGUGACUGUUAAACUUUUACUGUAAUCAAACACAAUCCCUCCACGCGACUUGAAGCUUCUGUGCUUUUUGAAAUGAAGAAAAGUGAAAGUUUGUACUGGAGGAAUAUGAGCAUGAGAUCAUGAAGGAUUAUGCAAUGUGGUGUGAAUGUGAGUAUCCGUACGGUCUCAUUCACGAAAAGAGAUUAUAUAUAUUUUAUCAGUUGCUUGUCGAAAAAAAAGAAACUAUAUAUUGAUUUACACUAUGUUGCAUUUUUAUCCAGUACAACUCAAAAAUACACCUCAUUGUCUUAUAAAUGUUUUGGUUUUUUUAAGACUAAACAGUUAGAGUUUUUAAUAUUUAUAGCAUUAUUUCGCAGGAUGUUAAAAGUAGGCCAGAGGUUACAUAUAUAAAUACAUAUGAGGAGAAACCUUCUAAUGAUGUUUACUGUAGGUGAGCUGGACAUUUAACAUCCCGACGGUCUGUCGUCUGUGUUACUUGUCUGUCUGUAUACAGUAAGGCAGCUGAGAUUUAUUAAAAUGACCACUAUUAUAAACCGUUUUGCAACAGGCUGAGUAGAAACUCAAGCACAUGGGAUGGUGACGUCAACCAAUACGACGGCUUGGUUUUGGGAAAAGUGUUUUUUUCUUCUCUCUGUAGCCAAAGAUGUUUAGUUUUAACUGCAAAUAAAGUUCCCUCUAACAUCA